GCUCCGGUCUGGGCUCCGGAACGUGGAACUGAAACGCGCAUGCGCGAGGUUGUCAUGGCGGUCUGACGGCAUGUCAGCAGAACCCGAGUCAAGUGAAACUGCGCUGUUCAUUUUCUCAGAUGUGGGGACGAAUAUUCCUAAACCCUAAGCUACUCAACAGAAUACAUUGUGUUUGGACUCGCCGAUAUCUCUUCACCAUGCAGCUGAAAACCAAGGAGUUUGAGUCUCUGUUCACUGAUGGAUUGAACGGCCUGGCAGAGAUUUUUGAGAAGCACCGGUUUGAGCUGAGGAUCGCGGGAGGGGCAGUGCGGGACCUGCUGUCGGGGCAAAGACCUGAAGAUGUAGAUUUUGCCACAACAGCAACUCCUGAAGAAAUGAAGCGCAUGUUCCAGAGUGCAGGGAUCAGAAUGAUCAAUAACAAAGGAGAGAAACACGGGACCAUCACUGCCAGGCUGCAUAAUGAGAACUUCGAGGUGACCACCCUGCGAGUGGAUGUGCAGACUGAUGGACGACAUGCUGAAGUGGAGUUCACCAGAGACUGGCAGAAAGACUCAGAACGCAGAGACCUCACUAUUAACUCAAUGUUUCUUGGGCUGGAUGGGACCCUGUAUGAUUAUUUCCAGGGUUAUGAGGAUCUGAAGAAGAGAAAAGUCCGGUUUGUUGGAAGUGCUGCUCUUAGGAUUCAGGAAGAUUACCUGCGAAUUCUGAGAUACUUCAGAUUCUACGGUCGUGUGGCGUCUGAACCCGGCCAGCAUGAUCCUGACACGCUGGAGGCGAUCCGGGAGAACGGCCGGGGGCUCGCAGGAAUCUCCGGGGAGAGGAUCUGGGUGGAGCUGAAGAAGAUGCUGGUGGGGAACCAUGCUGCUCACCUGCUGGAGCUCAUUCAUGAGCUAGGACUGGCUGAGUACAUAGGUCUUCCAGCAGAGGGCAAUGUUGAGGAGAUGAAGCAGGUCUACCAGAGGUCAGAGGGCAGCUCUCCUAAACCCAUGACGGUUCUCUCGGCUCUCUUCCGCGGCUCAGACGACGUUGAGAGGCUGGACCUGCGGCUGAAGAUCUCCAGAGAGGAGAAAACCCUCGGCCUGUUUCUGGUUAAACAGAGACGAGACCUGGUGAAGAGCCAGGAUGAGCAUGAUGAGAUAAAGCCAUUCACAGACUUCCUUAUUGACAGUCGAGAAACAGACGCCCAUAGCAAAGUGCUGGAGCUGCUGAAGUACCAAGGUGAGGGGAAGCUUCUGGCUGAGCUGAGACGCUGGUCUAUCCCUCGUUUCCCGGUCAGCGGGCAUGACCUGCGUCGACUGGGCAUCACUUCGGGCAAGGAGAUCGGCACCGCCCUGCAGGAGCUCCGCGACGAGUGGAAGAAGAGUCGGUACCAGCUGAGCAAAGAGGAACUUCUGAGCACCAUCAGUAGGUCCUGAUUGAAGCUGAUUUUACUGGGUUUUCAGUACAAAUUCAGGCUGUAAUGCCUUAUUUCAGAGUUUCAGAAGGUCUGCAGGUUCAGGGCACUCCUACCUCCAUGUUCUUUACAGCUGGAGGUAAAUAUUGGCUGUAUAUGAGAUUAAUAAAUCUUUGAUGUGCUUUUCUGUACAGACUGUUGGUAAUCUCCUAGGUGUCUCAGUGGAAUGGCGCUUGGGGACGUUGGUAAUAAUCUAAAAGGCUUUAAGCAAAUUCUGGUCAUGCUUGAAGGACAGGAUCUUUGUGGAAGAGCUGACAGCACCUCAGAGGAUCUGGCCAAGAAUAGAAAGAAUAGAAAAGAGUGGAGAAAGUGAACAAUAAGCCUGGUGCCAGGUGAAUGCGUCACCGACGUGAUGGACAGACACUUCACUUAUCAGUGAUUACUUUGGCAUUUGCUGUUCAUCCAUUAUUCAUGUCAUCUUGAAGAGCAGUUUCACACUGACGCAUCUGAUGUCUCCAGCCUGUUUGCUUUCUUAAUUUAUUGUGACAUUUUGCCCUCUCGUAUUAUAGAGGCUGCACCGCUAUCAUUUGAACAGAUGGUGUAAUUAUUGUUUGAGGAGAAGGAGGAGGAGGAGUAAUUUAGCCGGCUCUUAAAAGGAGUUGUUUGUCUGAAGGAGUUUGCGAGGUUAUGUAACAUGUAAUGUUCAUUUUUCAACUAAAAGAAUAAAAAAAACUAAAAAAAAAAACAA